ACGUGCCUGUACCAGUAAUGCUGAUGCCAGAUGACUUUAAAGCCUACAGUAAGAUCAAAGUGGACAACCAUCUAUUUAACAAAGAAAACCUGCCUAGUCGCUUUAAGUUCAAAGAGUACUGUCCCAUGGUGUUCAGAAACCUGAGGAGGUUCUGCAUCGAUGACCAGGACUACCAGAACUCUCUGACGAGGAGCGCUCCACUCAACAGCGAUACCCAGGGUCGCUUUGGCAACCGCUUCCUGUCCAGCUACGACCACCGCUUUGUAAUCAAAACUGUGUCCAGUGAGGACAUCGCUGAGAUGCACAACAUCCUAAAGAAAUAUCACCAGUUUAUUGUGGAGUGUCAUGGCAACACGCUCCCUCAGUUCCUGGGCAUGUACAGGCUAACGGUGGACGGGGUGGAAACUUACAUGGUGGUGACCCGGAAUGUAUUCAGCCAUCGCCUAACAGUGCACCGCAAAUAUGACCUAAAGGGUUCUACGGUCUCUAGGGAAGCCAGCGACAAGGAGAAGGCUAAAGAACUCCCAACUUUUAAAGACAAUGACUUCUUGAAUGAAGGCCAGAAGCUGCAGAUUGGAGAUGACAACAAGAAGUACUUUUUGGAGAAGCUAAAACGGGACGUAGAGUUCCUGGCCACUCUGAAGAUCAUGGACUACAGCCUCCUGGUGGGCAUCCAUGAUGUAGACCGGGCUGAGCAGGAGGAGAUGGACGUGGAGGGCACAGGAGAGGAGGACGAGUACGAGAACGAUGGGAUGGGCGGUGGCGUGCUCACCGGCUCCUUUGGCACUCCUCCUGACAGCCCCGGAAACCCUCUCAACUGUGGAGGAUUCUUCGGCCCCGGGGAGUUCGACCCCUCUGUGGAUGUUUACGCAAUCAAGAGCCACGACAGUGCUGUGAAGAAGGAGGUGUACUUUAUGGCUAUCAUCGACAUCCUCACGCACUAUGACGCUAAGAAAAAAGCUGCACAUGCUGCCAAAACUGUGAAACACGGGGCGGGAGCCGAGAUCUCGACGGUGAACCCGGAGCAGUACUCCAAACGAUUCUACGAGUUCAUGUCCAACAUCCUAUAG